CCCACCACACUUCUCAGUUCUCAGUAUGCCCCGGCCCCGUCACUAGAAGUCAACGGCCGUUCAGUUCCUUCCCCGCUCCGUCCUUCGGCAUGCUUCUACUCAGCCCCUCGCCGCCCUUCUACUCAGCCCCUCGCCGCCGUCUACCGCCGCAGCGGUAACGGUCCCCCGCCGUGUCCUCCUUACUCCCUACAACCGCCUCAAGGCUACGCCCACCCCACCGCGCCUCGCCUGCCUCCGCCUUCGGCCCGCCACCCCGCUCCGCGGCAUUUCGUCGAGGACCGCGUGCCGCGCGGCCGCUGCCGAUGCCGAUGCCGAUGCAGUGCCCUCCCAAGCUCCUGGAGGCGAUGGUGGCGUGCGUGGCGCAAUGGUGCGCAUUGGGGAGGCUCUAUCGCUUGGGUUCCCGGUGUGGGUGGCAUCAGCCUGCGCCCUCGCGCUGUGGCGGCCGCCGGCCUUCCUCUGGGUCGGGCCCACCGCGCAGAUGCUUGGCCUCUCCUUCACAAUGCUUGGAAUGGGAAUGACGUUGACUUUGGAUGACCUCAAAACCACAUUAUUGAUGCCCAAGGAGUUGGCUGCUGGAUUUAUACUGCAAUACACGGUGAUGCCACUGUCUGGAUUUUUUGUGAGCAAACUGUUGAAAUUGCCGUCCCAUUAUGCCGCUGGACUAAUUUUAGUGGCCUGUUGCCCUGGAGGCACAGCGAGCAACAUCGUGACCUAUUUAGCAAGGGCAAAUGUUGCUCUUUCAGUUCUGAUGACAGCAGCAAGCACUUUUGCUGCAGCGUUCAUGACCCCUCUCCUGACGUCCAAACUCGCUGGGCAGUAUGUCGCAGUAGAUCCAAUGGGACUGUUCGUGUCCACAUCUCAGGUCGUCCUGGCACCUGUCCUUCUGGGUGCUCUGCUUAAUCAGUACUGCAAUGGUCUGGUCCAACUGGUGUCCCCGUUGAUGCCCUUCAUUGCGGUAGCAGCAGUAGCCGUCCUCUGUGGCAAUGCUAUUGCGCAGAAUGCUUCGGCAGUCCUGGCAUCUGGCUCGCAGGUGGUCUUGUCUGUCGGUUGCUUGCAUGCAUCUGGCUUUUUCUUCGGCUACGUUCUCUCAAGAGUACUUGGCAUCGAUACCUCCUCCGCGAGAACAAUCUCUAUUGAGGUUGGUAUGCAGAACUCAGUGUUGGGCCUUGUCCUUGCAAACAAGCACUUGGGCAACCCUCUCACGGCUGUUCCGUGUGCUGUUUCGAGCAUCUGCCACUCGGUCUACGGUAGCAUUUUGGCUGGGAUCUGGAGGUCUAUGCCAAACAAGGACAAGGGAGAAUGAUGCGAUGAUCAAUUCAACCAUCAGAAUUCUUUGUUCUCCAACGAUGAAAGAUUUUACCCGUGAGAAUAAACACCGCAGAGUGGUGAGCGCUAUAUAAAAGCACUGGGCUUGCACUGUUGUUAGUGGUUCAUUUGCUUUCUUAGAUUCGGAUAGUACAGUUGGUGGAUCCAUGAUUGAUGUGGAUACAUAUACCAUGUUGCCAUGGCAGCCUGUUUAUCACACAUUCACUUCAACUAGAACAUUGCGGCGCCCUCACGGGCGCCCUACCAAGACUCACUCUUUUAUGCAAGAAACAACGACCAAUAAAACAAAGGCCUAA